AUGACCACUUUCUUUACGUAUUUCGGGGGAAAGCAAGAUGAACGAAUUCCCAUGGAAGUGGAAAGGCUUACCAUCGAUCCUGCGGUCCAAGACUUGCCAGCUGAAUGUUGCAAGAAGCGUCUGAAGCUGAAGCAAGUCACCUUCACUGAAUCGUCCGAAGCUGAAGGAGGGGGUCUGAAAACCAUUGGAAGAAAUGCCUUUCGAUCUUGUCCUGCCUUGGAAACGAUUACGCUACCUUCCACUGUGCAAGUCAUUCAAGGGUACGCCUUUGGAUUUUGCUCGGCACUAAUGGAGGUUCACUUUCCUGAAGGAUUGAAAAGGAUUGAAAGACGAGCAUUCUUCACUUGUUCCGCCUUGCAAGCAGUUACGAUCCCCUCUUCCUUGGAAAUGAUUGAAUCCUACACAUUUCAUUCUUGUAGCGCCUUGAGGGAAGUGGACAUGUCGAACGCGUUGCUGACCAGGAUCGGCACUUAUGCCUUUCAUUCCUGUUCGUCAUUGGAAAGUAUCAAGGUUCCCAAAACAGUCGAGAUCAUUGAUGAGUAUGCCUUUCUUCGAUGCCGGUCUUUGGCGAAUGUUCAUCUGUGCGAAGGACUGAAAGUUCUUGGGCCCGGUGCUUUUUCUGGCUGCCGUUCCUUGUCCUCCAUCAAGAUUCCUUCCACGGUCAAAGUCAUUCGAGUUCAUACCUUCUUUGAGUGUAAAUCACUCAAAGAGAUUGAGAUACAAGAAGGAACUGUCGAAUUGGGAGAACACGCGUUCGAAAAGUGUACCUCCUUGAAGGCAAUGGCAUUGACAAAAUCCAUCCAAUCGAUUGGCUUUUGCGCGUUCAAUCGAUGCGAAAGCUUGAUUUCCAUUGAACUUCCUGCUCCUCCUACUGCUGCUACUGCUACUACUCUAGCUGACGAUGAGUUGUGGAUCCAAGAAGGGGCCUUUCACGAAUGUCAUUCAUUGGCAAACAUUUGCUUGCCACGACCGCCCAAGAAUUAUAAUGAACAAGACCAGCAAAGCAGCAGCAGCAGCAGCAAGAUUCAUUACACGUGCUUUGACGAAUGUCAUUUGCUACAAGAGGAAUAUGGAGUUGAAAAUACCGUACUCGGACUAUCCUCUCGAUUCAAUGCCUAUCCCGUUCACAAGCUCUGUUAUUAUGCCUCCUCUACGACUCCGGAGGCAUUGAAACAGCAAAUGAAGGCAAUGGACUGGAAUCAAGAGAACCGACAAAUCGAGCAACAAGCCUACCAGCAAGACCUUACAGAUCCAUUUGGAAUGACCCCGUUCCACAUUUUAUUCUCGGCGGCCAAGUGCCGGAAAGACUUGCUGCAGAUUCUUUUGGAGGAAUGUCUGGUCAACAUGCUCGAUUGGAAGGAUAAAAGUGGAAACCUAGCGACGGACUUCUUGGGAUGCAUAUGGACCGAGUCGUGGAGAUCCAUGUUUCAAAUGGUACUUCAAAAAUGGAUGGUAGACUCCAUAUCCAGUUGGGGUCUAGAGCGAUGGAGGCAUGACAUGACAGCUCGUGUAAAUGCCAUAUAUGAGGUAGAUGACAGAGCCGAGAGAGAAGAAAUGAUUCUCAAUACCCGUGCCGUACUUGAAGGAUAUGCCAAUCUAGAGAAAACUAGCCUACUGGAGUUGGCUCUGUGGAAAUUUGAAAUGUCGUUGGCAAGCAACAAGAAUAAUGAUGAUUCGUCACUAAAUGGAUCAGCAGCAGGUGUGGACCGCGAGGUUGCUCGAACGACAUGUGGAGCCUCCUUUGUGCUGCCAAAUAUAGUGACAUUUUGGAAAUCCUAA